AUGUCAUCAUCACCAGAACUUGGCCACUCUCCUCAAUUCUCUAGUCUUUCAUCCGACAUGAUCGCAAUAUCAGCCAUGAACGACACAGCAGUUGACGCUUUGCAAAGGCCAAAGCGGGCGAGGACAAGCAAGCCAAAAGUCAAGACGGGUUGCAGCAACUGCAAGAAGGAGUGCACAGGUUACCCACCUCCGCCCCGGAGCGCGAGGCCAUCCGAAGUAAUCAAGAUUGCGCCGAAACCAGGACCGGCACCAGCUACACCUCUUCCCGGCCGUGAUGCGCCCAUCCAACUUGCCCCACGCCGAGUGGUCAAGUACCAAAGACGAAACACACCUCCGCAAACACCACGAGAGUCUGCCGGCACCGCCGUAACACUCCACCGAUCGCCGGCCGCGAAUGUGCCAUUUACCGACAGGGAGGGCUUGUAUUUCCAGUUGUUCCGCGAACAUACUGCCAAUGAGCUUUCGGGAUUCUUCGAUUCUGGUUUCUGGUCGCGAACUGUCUUACAAGAAUGCCACUUCGAGCCGACGAUCCGCCACGCCGUCGUGGCAUUAGGUGCCCUGUACAAGACUUUAGAGAAGACGAGUGAGUCGCCGCCGGGCUCACCAGCCAGCGAUCGAGAUCCCACCGACCUUGCCAUGACGCAUUUCCGAAUGGCUCUGGAGCAAUACCAUGAGGCCAUCCGCUCGCUCAUUAAUACGGCAGAUCCCAUGUCUAACCGGACGAGACUGAUGGCAAGCGUGCUGCUAGCAUGCUUCGACUCGUUCGUUGGCGACCACAAACAGGCCAUUUUCCAGAUCCAGACAGGACUUCAGUUGCUCGAGAAGCUGCGUGCCGAAAGGAGGCGAGCCUUCAUCACCCAGCCGGGCGAGCCCGUGGAAGACGAGCUGAUCCAGAUGUUCACCAGGUUGGCAAUCCAAGCCAAGUCCUACGACAUGGCUUUCCACUUCCCCCAGCCGUACGUUGUGCGCUUGACACCGAUCGAGCAGGACCCUUCAUCCCCAGCUUCCGAUGUCAGCUCUCCCGGCUCUCAGUUCCCAGAUCCCAUCCCAGACCGCUUCGCUUCCGUCAUAGAAGCUCGUGUCGCGUGGGACAAGCUAUGCGAGCGCAUAUUCAAGUUCACCGAGACCAUGUUCAAGCACGUCCCGAACGGGCCCAUGGGGCUUUUACCACCGAACCUCAAGCGGUACGGCCUCGGCUUCAAACAGGAUCUCGACGCCUGGUCGGAAGCCUUCGAGCCCAUCCUCCAGUCGCGGACAGCCCCCAGCGUGACCACCCAGGAAAAGGCCGCCAUCGCCGUCCUGAAAAUGUUCCAGAUCAUGGCUUUGAUCCUUUUUCUCAUGACCUUCAACGCCAGUGAGAUGCAGUUUGACAACUUCAACAGCUACUUCAAGACCAUUGUCGACCUAGCCCUGGAGGUAGUCGGCGACGAAGAGCGGCGGGCAGCCGCCAAGCGCUGCCCGGAUCCGGAUUUCUGCCGGCACGGCCAUGGCCACAACACCAGCUACGAGCGAGCGCGAAACAUGUUUGGUGGGCAUAACGAGUAUGCGGCCCGGCAUAUCAAGCCGAGCUUCAGUGCCGACCUCGGGAUAGUGCCGCCGCUGUUUGUGGUAGCGACCAAGUGCCGCGACCCGGUGAUUCGAAGGCAGGCUAUCCAGCUCCUCCGCAGUAGUGCUCGGAGAGAGGCCAUGUGGGAUAGCGAGCUGACGGCGAGGAUCGGCAUGUGGAUCACGGAGAUUGAGGAGUCGGAUGAUUUCAGCAUGAUCGUCACGCCAGGUAGCAGUCCCGUGGCAAGCUAUUCGCAGAUGUCCAUGUCUAUGCCCAUGUCUAUGACUAUGGAUGAGUCUGCCGUGGUGGACACCAUGGACGGUGCAGCAAGUGGAAGUAAAUCCGGAGUGGUCCGGUCUGAUAGUAACGGGAGUGCGAAUGGGAUUGCGCCAACGAGAUGGGGAAGGCGGACGGGGAGUUCCACUUCCAGCACCAGCACCAACACUACGGCGUCCGGGAGCAGAACUCACUACAUUUGGCCAACACAACAACAGCAGCAGCGGCAGCGGCAGUUUGCGCCGCCGCCGCCGCCGCCAAAGGUCAUCAUCCCGGAGGAACGGCGCGUGAUGGUGAGGGCGGUGGAGUUUGACUUGCACAAGCGGACGGCUACGGUCCAGCUUGGCACGAGAGGGUUGCGAAACGGUCAGAUGGAUUUGAAGACAAGGCAAACGAGUAUUACGUGGUGAAUAAUCAAUAUCUUGGAUACCCCCGCAGAGAAGAAAGAAAGAAAGAAAGAAAUAAGAAGAAAAAA